CUGAGAGCCGAGAGUGAGCCUAGAUCGUCUAUACCCUGGGAUCCUCUGCUGGGCAGAGACCCCCAGAACAUGGACCGAGUGACCAGAUACCCCAUCUUCAGCAUCCCCCACUCACCCCGUGUGGCCGGCAUGGCCUUGAAAGGCGACACCAGCUACACGUUUGAGCUGGUGGGCGUGGGGUCCGUGGCCAGCGACUGGGGCCAGGAUGAGCCACUGGCAUGGCCUGCUGACCACAAGGCCUCUCUGGAAACGGCGCAGACGGGGACAUCCCUCAGCCUGCGUGUCUUCCCCGGCCAGCUGGCCCCACGGCUGCCCUGCCUGGAGGACGAUGAGGAGGAGGAAGUGAAGGCCUACCAUCUGGAGGCCAGGGACACCCCGCCCUGGUGGCCACGUGACCUGGAGUGGGAGCGCCGGGUGGUCAUUCAGGACCAGGCAGUCAGGAAGAGCGGCACGGUGGCCAUGCUCCACGGCACCCCUGACCACGGGGAGCCCGGGAGCCCCGGCCGGCCGCAGUCCACGCCCCUGGAGGAGAACAUGAUCGACACGGAGCAGAUCGACUUCCUGGCAGCCAGGCGGCAGUUCAUGAGCCUGGAGCAGACGAACCCUCCACCCGGGGUGGCCCACGCCCGUGCGGGAGUUCCUCGGGACCCCCCACCCGGGGUGACCCACGCCCGUGCGGGGGUUCCUCGGGACCCCUCACCUGGGGCCAGCCAGGCCUCCAAGGCCCUGAACGGGCCACCCCUGGUCAAUGGGUAUGUCGUCCCAGUCAAGCCUGAGGCGAAGGAAGUGGUCACGGAAGAGGAGAGGGUCCACGGUUUGCCCGCCAGGUCUGGUGCCCAAGCCUUGGACGACCCUGGUUCCUGGUGCCAGGAGGGGUCCCCGGAACCCGCCAAGGAGACGCCCAUUGAGCGGGAGAUCCGGCUAGCCCAGAAGCGGGAGGCAGAGCUCCGGGAGCAGAGGGGGCUGCGACGGGCGGCCAGCCACCAGGAGCUGCUGGAGAUCCCGGCCAGGCCGCUGCUGAGCAAGGUGAGCCUGGCCGCAGCCCCGCGGCCGCACAGGGGGCGCCCAUCGCUCUAUGUGCAGCGGGACAUUGCUCAGGAGUCGCAGCGUGAGGAGGACCACCGGCGGGAGGGCCUGCAGGUGGGCCGGGCGUCCAUAUCCGACUGGUUCUCCGAAGACCCCCGGCCCAUUCUCAGGAGAGUCCACAGCUCAGACUCCAUCCUCAGCCCGACCCCAGACGCCAGCGCAGCCAGCCCCACACCAGAGGUGAGGAAGGUGAACCGCAUCCCACCUGAUGCCUACCAGCCAUACCUGAGCCCCCGGAUGCCCCCGGGAGAACCCCCAGCCUCCCACACCUACCGCAAGCCCAGCGGUCUCUCCGCAGAUGAGGCCAGGCCUGCGGGCUCUCCAAAGGCCACGGGGUCCCAGAGGCAUCCCUCGGGAUCCUCUGCAAAACCAUCAAGCACAAAGCAGGAGCCUCCCCGGGGACCCCUGCGCGCCAACAGGGGUGUCGUGCGAUGGGAGUACUUCCGCCUGCGUCCCCUGAGGUUCGGGGUCCCGGAAGAGCCUGAGAAAGCUGAGGCCCCCCGAGUUUGGGGCUGGGAGGUGGCUGGGGCCCCGGCACUGAGGCUACAGAAGUCCCAGUCAUCAGAGCUGCUGGAAAGGGAGGUGGAGAGUGUCCUGCGGCGGGAGCGGGAGGUGGCUGAGGAGCGGCGGAGCGCUCUGUACCCCGAGGUCUUCUCCCCGCCGCCGGACGAGUGCUGUGACCAAGAAUCCAGGAGCUCCUCCCGCGCAUCUGGCAUCACGGGCAGCUACUCGGUGUCUGAGUCACAGUUUUUCACCCCCAUCCACCUGCACUCGGGCCUGGUGUGGACGGCAGAGGCCUCAGCUGAGGAUGCUCCCAGGCAGAGAAAGAAGAAUGAGCAGUGGUAUGCCGGCAUCAACCCCUCGGACCAUGUCAACUUGGAGGUCUUGGAGGCCACACGGGUAACCCGCCACAAGAACGCCAUGGUGGAGCGCUGGGAGGCCCGGAUCCACACCAGCGAGGAUGAGGAUUGAGCCUGGGGCCAGGCGCCCACCCCCUGCCCUGCCCUGCCGUGGCCCCGUGGGAACAGCGGACCGUCCUGAGCCCUCGCCUUAGGACAUAGGUUCCUGUUUAAAUCCAGAUCCGAGAACCACAGAUCUCAUGCUGCCAAGCCCAAGGAU